AUGAUUAUUUGCAUACCAUAUGUAGUACCAUCUUACGAAUGUCAUCAACGAUUGACUCCAUGUGGUUGUGGUUUAAAAAAUGUUGAGAUGAAUGCACGCAUUGUCAAUGGUGAGAAUGCAAUUCCCUACAGUUGGUCGAUGAUUGUAUCACUCAGAUACGAUUGUCUUGAUGACGGAAACAUUUCGACUCAUUGUUGUGGUGGUACUAUUCUAAACGAUUCGUAUAUCCUUACAGCUGCACAUUGUGUCGAAACGAUAGAUGCACUGAGUCUCUCAGCAGGAAACGUCACGAUUGCUGCUGGUAUUUAUAGGCGAUCUCAACAAUGUCAAACAAUUAGAAAGGUUGAUCAAUUGAUUAUUCAUCCUAAUUGGACAAGAUACACGAAUGGACUCAGACACGAUAUUGCUAUACUUCACUUAACCGAACCACUUGACCUUGACACGAAUUUAUUAAUUACUCGAACAUGUUUGCCAUCUCGAUUGAAUUCUACGAAUGAUAUCACAAACUAUCCCCCAUCUAAUAUUUCUCUAGUUGUGAUUGGAUGGGGUUUUCUCGGAUGUUUCAAUUGUACAACGCCUGACAUAAUACAACAGGCAACUCUUUUAUCAAUGCAUUACAAUCAUUCAACCUGUGCCACAUCAAUCAAUCACAUUAAGACGCAAUUCUGUGCAGGAGUGUACGAAGGUGGCAAAGGUCCAUGCAUUGGUGAUUCUGGUGGUCCAAUCCUUCGAUGGAUUGGCAACCGUUGGGAACAAGUUGGCAUUGUUUCGUAUGCAAUGUAUGGAUGCGCAUUAGCUAAUUAUUCAACUGUUUUUACACGAAUUGCUGCUUACAAUGAUUGGAUUGAGUCAAUUUUGACUGGUUAUAGUACAUCAACAAUUACAACGAUUGACUCAACUAUUACGAGUACAACAACAGAUGCAACACCUUCCACUACUUAUCACUGUGAGAAACAAAAUGUUUCAUGUGGUUGUAGUCUUAUGGAUGUUUCAUUUCCUCAAUCAAGAAUUAUUGGUGGUCAUGAAGCAAAAAUGUUUAGUUGGUCGAUGGUGGUUUCCUUAUUUUCGCGAAGUAGUAAUGAACAUUUUUGUGGUGGAUCCGUACUCAAUAAUUACUACAUUUUAACAUCUGCGCGAUGUGUAGAAAAUCAACCCGUAUCGGACAUGUUGGUUUUAGCGGCUAUACAUAAUAGAUCGGAUAUGACUUGGCCACACAAUCGUCGUGGAAUUGAACAUAUUUACUUUCAUCCUAACUAUACAAGUUCAUUUGGUGGAUAUUUAAAUGAUAUUGCAAUUUUACGUUUAUCUUAUUCGCUGAAUUUGGAAACAAAUUUAUUCAUUACUCGAACAUGUUUACCUCAAAUUAAUUCAACUGAUGAUUUUACAAAUUAUCCUCCAACUGAUAUAAAACUAGCUGUGAUUGGAUGGGGCAGAAUACAUUCGAAUGCUUCUAAUUUGGCCAAUAAUCUACAACAAGCACAAAUCUAUUCGUUUGAUAACAAUGAUCCAACAUGUUAUUUACAAAUAAUCGAUCCCAAAAAACAGUUUUGCGCUGGAAUUGCUGACGGUAUCCGAGAUGUAUGUACAGGUAUUAUAAAAAUGAAUUUUUAUAAAUAA